AUUUUUCCCUCUCUUCUCUUUCCGCUUCCGUUCCCUCCCCUUCCUCUUCAAAACCCUACCCCCUCUCCCCGAUUCUUCCGCCUUCACUUUCUCUUCAUUGCAUGGCCGGCGCUGCUGAGUCGAGCUGCCCGAUUGAGCGUCCAGCUAAUCUUCGGCCACAGCCGCCGCCACCGCGGCCGGGUUCUUCGCAGAUUCUCCACCCUGGUUCAAAACAGCAUUUCCCCUUCCCGCCAUCGUUAUCCACUGCUGGAGGGGUCUUUGAUCGCCGCGUCUUGACCGGGUUAACUGCCUCCGUUUCAGAUGAAAAGAGAAAUGGAAAAGAGACGGUUCCCGCUCCUGAGCCCUCAUCAAAAACAGUAAAUGGAACAAUUGAUCAUGCUGGUCGGAGUCGUCAGUUAGUUGUUGGAAAAGAGCAGAAGGAAUCAUUUAACAAUCAUUUAUCACCAUCAUUAACUGGUGUUAAGCGCCAAAGAACCCCAAAGUCUUCAAGAAAUAAAAAAUCCGUGCAGUAUGAUCCUGGACCUUGUGAUGGCUACCCUGUGAGUGCUUUAAGCACCUGCCGUUAUGACAGUUCUCUUGGCCUCUUGACAAAAAAAUUCAUAAAUUUGCUCCAGCAAGCUGAGGACGGGACUCUUGAUUUGAAUAAAGCAGCAGAAAUUUUGGAUGUACAAAAGAGGAGAAUCUAUGACAUAACCAAUGUUCUUGAAGGAGUGGGGUUGAUCGUAAAGCAGUUAAAGAAUCGGAUACAUUGGAAGGGGUUCGACAUGUCAAGGCCAAUGGAGGUGGGGGCAGAAAUUGCUGGCUUGAAGGCUGAGAUUCAAAGUCUGGAAAGUGAGGAUUGCAGGCUUGAUGCUAUGAUAUGUAACAUGCAAGAGAAUUUAUUAUCCCUCAGUGAGGAUGAAAGCAAUCAAAAAUGGCUCUACCUAACAAAAGAAGAUAUUAGUUCCAUCCCUUGUUUCCAGAAUUCUACACUUAUCGCUGUUAAAGCUCCACAUGGAACAAGUCUUGAAGUUCCAAAUCCUGAUGAGGGUCUUGAGUUUACACAAAGGCAGUAUCAAAUGCUUCUGAGGAGCUCCAUGGGUCCUAUUGAUUGCUACCUACUAAGCAAUCACGAAGAGAGAUUUGAGCCUUCAAAUUUGGACCAACACUUCGCAGCAAUGGAUUUAUCUGUUCAAAGUAGCUGCCCGAAUAUAAGCUGUAUGAUGGCCCCUCGCCCAGGAGAUCAAGAACGAACCGAAGCUAAUAAAAAUUCAUCUGAUGCUAACAUUUCAAGGGAUUCUAUAGGCGGCAUAGUGAAAAUCACGCCAUGUGAAGAUGUUUCCGACUAUUGGCUUCUGUCCGAAGAUGGUUAUGGCGUCUCAGAAUCAUGGAGAGCAGCUUAGACCAAAUGAUAUCGAAGUUGUUUUCUAAAUGUAAAAAUUCCCUUUCAGUUAAAACUUUGAAAAUGCUUUUUAAAGCAUUUCAGUGUAUCGUAUUUAGAGAUGUUUCUUAUUGAAAGGGGAUGAUUUCGUAAGGGCUUCUUCUCAGGUGUAAAGAAUCCGCUUCAAUAAAAUUAAUUCCCCA